AUUAGACUUUGCAAUUCUAUUCCAAUGGCUUUGAAAACUUGCUUCACUCUUCUCCACAAUUCACAACACUCUUCUUCCAGAACCUUUUCUCAAUCCCCUCUUUCAAUUCUGUUACCUGCAUUCUUCACAAUGAACCUCACAACCACAUCGUGCGUUUAUCAACAUUUUUUACUAAGAGGAAGCUCAAUCCUGCUCUUCUUCGUUCUUUCGAGCAAUUUAUCAAACACUAGUGGUGCAUUGUUGAUGGCUCAAGAGUUGGACUUGGAGCUUCAGAGAUACACUGAUUCCAAGGAAGGUUUCACUCUUCUUAUACCCUCUUCUUGGACUAAGGUUGAUAAAGCUGGGGCAACUGCUUUGUUUCAAGAUGCAAUUAUGGGGAGCAACAACAUUGGGAUUGUGGUGAAGCCGGUUCGUCUUGCAAACCUUGGAGACUUCGGGAGCCCCGAGUUUGUAGCUGUAAGCAUUUACAAGCAGAAAGGCGUAAGGUAAGGUUCUUGUUUCCAUUGCUGGAACUUUCUAUGACCAAUGCAAAAUUUGAAUAAAGUGUUUUGAUGAUACUGAUUAGAAGAAUCUCCCUGUACUUGUACCAUAACAACAUAAGCAAAGGAAGAAUGAGCUGAAAGAUUUACCUUGGAUUAGUUUAAGUCUGUUGUCAACAUCAUUUCGCUAAUACUAAGCGCUAAGACACUAAAAGCUAAGCUAACUAAUUGGCUAAAAAUUGUCUUCUCUGUUUCAUUCCUUACAUUAUAUAAUAAAAAGGACUCUAGAACCUUCCCUUCCUAUCACAAACUAUUGGCACCUCACCUGUUCUCUAAAGUAUUCCUAUAAUUAUUUAUUUUUAUCCAUAGUAGAUUCUUCGUUGAUCUUUACUUAAUUAAGUCAAAAGUAGCAAUGAUCAAAUUGGUUUCUUGUUGAGAUUGAGGUGUAGAAGUUAACCACUUU